UAUGACAUUAUUUGCUAUUUUAUUAUUAAAAAUAUGAAUAGAACAAUUAAAAUUUUAAAAGCUACUCAAGACGUAAGUAAUAAGCUAAAUAUAAUAAUAAUUAUAAGUAAUAUUACGUUCCUGUUAAGUGAGAUGCCUUAUUCAAACUAUGUGUUUUGGUUUAAUAAUAUAAACUCAGUAUGCAAAUUUAUUGUAUAUAUAUACUUUGUAUUGCUAAAUAUGUUUCUUGAAAACGUGGUAUUGCCAGCAAUACAAUGUUUUGGUCUAACAUAAAGUUUUUGAAGCAUUAAAAACUAUUUUUAAAACUUAGGUAAAUUUAUUUUGAUACUGUAAAUGAUUUUUUUUUGGUUUUUUACAUAUAAAUAAACAUAUUCUGAAUGUUUAUAGUUGUCAGAAAAUGUGUUAUAGUUUUCCUUGACUUAUGAACAUUUUGGUUUUUGGCAAUACCACGUUUUAUAUUUUUAGUAAUUAUAGUUUUUUGAAGUUCUGAUAGUAUGCGCAUAUUAUACGUUAUGUUAAAUAACUCUAUAAUAUCUUUAUAAAAAACAUUUGUCGUAAUCUAAUAGUUAUUUAUGCCUAUUGUCAUCCUAGAGGUUCUGAGUUCAAACCAAUGUGUCGAAAACAAAAUUUUUUACAUUUUUUUCCCUUUUAUUUAAACAAGGAAAAAACAAAUGCAUUUUGGAUGUACAUAGAAACCCAAGCUAUCACUCACUCGGACUAUUUUAAUCAUAAAAUACCCCUCGAUUUGUUGUGCAAAUCGAUUUAGUUAUCAAGUUUAGUUUAUUUUUUAAAAGGAAACUUUAUCUCCAUGGUAAUUUAGGGAAGUCAUCUUUUAUUUUUCAAGCUGUUUUCAUAAUAUCUGGGAAAAACCGAGAUAAAAUGUCAGAAAAACGGAAAAUGUACGAAGUGUAGGUAUUAUUAAAAAAAUAUUAUAGCCUUUUUUUCCUGUAUACAACUUUUCUGUCACCAAUGUCGCUCCGAUUUAAGUAAUUUGUUUAUGUAAUUUAAGAAAUUUUUCUAAAACGGGAAAAUGUACAACUUUUUUACCAGCAAUUUCGCUCCGAUUUACAAUAAUAGAACUUUUUCUAAAUGAAAAUCUGAAUGUGAAAAACCGGGAAAAAACAUGGGAAAAUCGGUACAGUAUUAAACAAAUAUUAUUAAAGAGAAAAUAUAAUGCUUAUUUAUUUAUUUUCUAUUAUACACAGUAGCGUAUCCAGAUUUUUUUUUUAUUGGGGGGGAGGGGUUGAAAAAAAUGUAGCAAAUUAAAUUGUUUUGAAUUUUGUGUGUAUUAUAAUCAUACAUUAAACAUUUUAUUACUAUUUUACAGCGCUAAUUAUAAAAAUGUUGAAAUAUUUAUUUUUUUAAAAAAUUAUAAAUAUAUAUUCAUUUUUCGUUUUGAUGUUUUAUCAAGUUCUUCUAUAAUAUCAUUGAUAUUCACGUUGAUAUCACGAUAAAUAUAUUUUCGUAAGCCUAAACGAUUUAAACGUAUUUGUCCCGAAGAAUUUUUCAAUUAUGUUUUCAAACGACGGAGUGUUGAAUGAAUCGUUCUCUCGUCGCAGUAGACAUUGGAAGUUGGACAUUAGAAGUUUAGAUAUUACUGGAUAAACAUCUGGGUUAGUUAGGAAGUACACUUCAAUAGCAUUUUUGUUCUUGAGUUCGAAAGAUGUUAAAUUUGAAUAUUUAGUGUAAAUCAAGAUUUACUGUUUGAAGAUAUCGUCUAAGUGGAAAACUUUAAAAACUUUAAAAAAUUAACUAAUUAUUUGUAUUCUAUCUUCUCAACUACCCACCUAUAACAGUGGCCGACCGUACUCGUCACCAGUAUGAACUUGUUAUUAAAUUAUUUUAGAUUUUCGAUUCUGAGUGGAGCGAUUGGUCACUAUCACUAUUUUUCAAUGAAUAACAACAAUACACCUAAAUUGAAAAUAACAGAAACCGAUAUUCGGUAAAUUUUCAUGUUUUUCUGACAUUUUCUUCAAUUAAUAGAAAAACUCAUAGGCAAAUCAAAAAAUAACCUCUUAAAUGCAUGAACUAGACAAAAUUGUCUACCAGAAAAUACUCCAAAAAUCGAUCGGAACAAGAUUCCUGGUAGAAAAGUUAUAAACAACUAAAAAAAAAAAACACUUAGUAAAACAAAUACAGUUAUUGCAUUUGUAAUUCUUUUCAAAUCUUUGUAGGACACUGCAUUCAUACAAAAUUGUCCAAGUGAAAUUUUUAAUUUGUUUGAAGAAUUUAAUAUUCAUAAUCAUAUGAAACAUAUACUUUUGGUAAAAAUACAAACCAUAACUUGAUAGAUAUAUCUAUAUAAAUUUUAAAUUUCCAGUUGGUCCUUUUUUCUGCAAUUAAUAAACCUCUAAUAACUCGUAUUGUCUAUAAAAACUAUUUAGCUAAAUGAUUCAGUGCACUUCGUCACUUUUUGCAUGAUAGUGACGAUUUAAUAUAAUAUAACAGAAAAAUACAGUAAACUAUUCCCAGUAUACCAGCUAUUAUAUAAUAUAACACAAUAAUAUAAAAAAAGCGUUACCUGAAAUAUAUACGAGUACAUAAAGAUUUACUAAAUGUGCUCACCCCACUUUUUUGGUUACAUUUUGUAGGCGAUAUCAUUUAUGUGGCAAAAUUUAAUUUGUGCUCCACUACUCUUCCCCUACCUAAACUUCAAAGUGGAAUAUCUCGUAAUCAGGUUGACAGAAAUCAAAAAUGUUGAUACCAAAAUGUAUUUAAAAUUAAUUCCAAAAUUCAGAUUUUGAAUAUAUGCAAAAUUCAAUUUAAAAAACGGUGUGAGGACGCUUAUUGAAUCAUUCUGAAUUAUUAAUUGUUGAAAUAUAUUUAUAAUACUUUACUUAUCAGAUUUUCAAUUAUAUUUAAAAACUUAUAUUCAUUUUUCAUACAUUUCCGUUGAAGUAAUUUUUGUUUGAUUUAAAUUUGUAGGUUUUUGUACUGUAAGAGUAUUAUUUUUUGUAUUUUGGUUCUUGAUAGUAGAUGAAGGUGACGGUUGCAGUUUUAUUUUAUCUAAUAAAAAAAUAAAGUAAUUAUUUUUAAAUAUAAACAAUUCAUCUUUUAUCUUUAGUAUUUCCUUAUAUAAUAUUUACUUAAUUUAUUAUCUAAAUUAGGUAAAAAUCGCAUUACGCAACCGCAAUCUCGUAUUAAAAAUCCUUCAGGCGAAAGUCUCUGUUCAGGUACACUUUUGGUAAAUUUAAAUGUUUGUUUAAAAAUUGUUUUACAAUGCGCACUUUUAUUUUCUUCGAAAUUGGGCAUGGUUUUUAACAAUCAUCUGUAAAAUUAUUGUGAUCUGUUUAGUGGAGUAUCUAAUAUUAUUUAUUAAUAAUAUUUAUUUAUUUAUUAUUUAUUAUUUAUUAUAUUUAUUAUAUAUUAUUACAUAUUUAUUAUAAUAUAAAGUCAAUGAACAAAACGUCCUUUAACAAUAAGUAUAGAAAACAGAAAAUACGUAAAAGACUUUUAUAAAAUUACAAAAUUACAUAAAAAUAUAAUACAUUUCUAUAACAUCAAAAAUAAAUAUAUAUAUAUACAUAAAUCAAGUUAUAAAAUCGUUAUAUAAUUCGAGAUCAAUUAUAAAUAUAAAUUAUUAAUUAAAGUUAAAGCAUAAGUUUUGAAAGAUUGGCGAGAUAUAUUAAAAAGAUAAUGUAUUGUAGAAACAAAAUUAGCUAAAAGGUCUAGGGAGAAAUGCGUUUGUACCAAUGUUUGCUUUAUACAACAGAACGAUAAAUAAACGAUAAAUAAAUCUGUAUUACGAGAGUGUUUACGAAGAAUCCGGAAAUUAGUUAGGACUAAGAUCUCAGAGCAGAUAACGAAACCGUUUAAGAUAUCAAAACUGAACAUAAUAUCAGCUGAUUUACGCCUUAUAACAAGAUUAUGAACUCCUAAAUAUUCUUAAAAGGAUAUUAAAGAAUAUUUAAAUCAAAUUAAAUCAAUGUAAAUAAAAUUGAAUCAAAUUAAGUUAAAUUAAAUCAAUUUCUCAUUAAAUGUAAAAAACCGAAAAAAAAAAAAAACAAAAAAAUGUACGAAAUAAAUACGUCCAUAUUUCCUCCUACAAUGAAAUUCUAGAAAAUUCGUAUUCAAGUAUUUUGUACUGUCAUUUGUAUAAAUUUGUUUGACAGUUUUUAGAAUUCGUUCGACACUGGUAUUCGAGUAAUAUUGAAAAUACUGAAGAGAGGCCAACGACAUAUGUCUACAGUCCCUCCCCCUAAUGUAAAUAAUUAAGUAUUUAUGUAUUUUAUACUGCACGAUUAAGAAGAACAAUUUGUAUAAAUUUGUAUGACCUUUUCCGAAAUUUGUUUGCGUUAAAACUUUCAAAAUAUUUGUUCCAUUUUUGGGCUUUUAUACGCAUUUUAACUUUACGAGUUUUUUUACGUAAUUUUUAUUCGGUAGUGCUUGAAAAUUUAACAGCAUGCUCAUUAAAUUUUUGUCUAUAUGCACCACAUACUCGGCCCGUUUUGACUAUGUUUUAUCUAAAUAUUUUGUCCACAUUUUACAAAUAUUAUACUGCUAAAUAUUACCUAUACAUCAAAAUAUUAUUUUCCACAUUACUUUGCAUAUUAUCGUAUUCGGUUAAUGACGUUUAUAUAGAGAAAAUCGCCAAAUAAAUUUGUUGUUUCACAUUAAUAUAUACUUAUAUAUCCAAUAAUGAACCUAAUGAUACCCUUUUUGUAUAACUCGUGACGGAUAUAUGAGACCGAAAUGCUAUUCGAUAUUUUAGUUCACUUUUGAAUUUAUUCGUAUAGAGCCGCGUACAUGCGGGUACAAAGGUGCCCUGCAUACCCUCUGAACACUAUCGGUUGCCGAUGUCAAGACAAUAGAUUUCACCUUUACGAAAUGUUAUCUAAGAUGACGAACCGGUAUGAACCUAUCAGUCUAAGAGCUAUAACGCACAUCUCUCCCCCGCCCAUCUACCCACUAUAACCGCUAAAUAUUAUCCAUACAACAAAAUAUUAUUUUAUAUCGGUCGUCGAUGACUAAUGAUAGUCUUCUAUUCAGAAAUUAUUUUCAUAAUUAUUGUAUUUUAUUUAUUUUCUUCUCGAUAACUGUUAUAAUAUUUGUAUUUUCGCAAAAUAUAAUAUGUAUACCUUAAAUAUCACAUAAAUAUCAUAGUCUUUGCAAAACCCAAACAAAUCCUUAAGGUUAAUACAUCCAUUAAAUCGGUUUCAAUAAAAUUAGUAUUAGCAUUUUUGAAAUCACUGUUCCAAGCGGUGUUAUGACGUGAACUAAUAUUUGAUUCAGUAUAUGAAUAAUAUCUUUUUAAUAUUGUAGCUAUGCCUGAGUUAUCGGUUUUUUGAAUUUGAAGAAUGUUCGCCUUGUAUUUCAUUUCAGAAAAAAUAAAUGCCAGUCCGUUAUUUAUAAAACUAAUAUCUCCGGUCAUACCUGUUGGUUUGGUUAUCGAUCCUUCGAUGUAAAUAUAACUUUCGCAUGGCAAAGUAUAUAAUUCCAUAUUACGUAUGGGAAUACGUACUUCGUCGUUUUUUUGAUAGUGCGGUAGACGGGUAUGGUAAAAACGAAUGAUAUUCGAUGCCGGUUAUUCUACAAUCAUCAACAUAUCCACUAGUCUCAUCUAAAUACGUUUCGUCCAUAUUUUAAAUAGCGUUUAGCGAACGAAGAAAAGCUAAAUUGCUAAUUGUUAACAGUUUUUCCUUUUUUAUUAUGUUUUGAAUUAUUUUUCUUGACUGUUUUCACUGAGAGUAUUGACUUGAUAGUGUUCUUGAUUCAGCUGUUUUCAUUCGACUUUGUAGUCCUAUUUAUACUAUACAAUUGUAUGCCCAUUUUAGAUUUUAUUAUUUUAUUUUAUUUGAUUAAUAUCCGUACAGGGAUCGGUUUCCUUUACAAAUCGAUCGAUUCGUCGUCCUGAUCUUUUAAAACUAUACUAGUAUGAGAUAUAGAAUUACAAUUCAGCGAAUAUGAAACCAAGUGUGUAAAAAUUUCGAUUAUUUUAUAUCCAGAUGAUACGUUAGGAUAAAAUGCAUGUAAUAUAUGGCUUUUCGUUGACGAAUGAACCGGCAACCAAGUUAGAUUUUACAUAUAUAUAUACAAUUAACUUUGGCGAUAUUAAUUAAUGAAUCAGACCGAUGUAUAACGUUUGCAUCAUAGAAUCCAUAUUUAAGACCUAAUGGCGUACCUAUGUUAUUGCGCAUAGUCAAAUCGAUCUGCGCUCUCGAGUUCAUUUUACACUUUAAUGUUGUAUUGUUCGUUUUCAACUCAAACUUUAUUGGUUUGUCGAAUAAAAUUUGUUUAAUUGCGGCCUCUAAAACACUCAACUCGUACGAUCCCGCCGGAAUCGUCACCAAAUAAUAAAUUAUUUCAUCUUUCUCGGCUAAUGAUCUAAUUUCUGUCACUGUAUCAUCAUUAAUUAUAGCGUCUUUUUUUCUUUUAACGAUAAAUCCUAUAAAGUUACAUUUUUCAUUGAUAUUAGGAAUAGAAUUGUUUGUUUGAAGUCCUAAUAGACAAAUCUUGGCGUUUUCACUGAUUUCAUCGGUGGGAAGGUGGCAAAACAAAUUCACCGAAUUUCUACUUAAUUUUAUCGUAUAUAUCAGGGGUCGCCAACCAAUCGAUCGCGAUCAAAAAACAAAUUAAUUUAACUUAAUCUGAUUUAUAUUAGUUUGAUUUAACUUAAUUUUAUUUAAAUUGAUUUUAUUUAAUUUAAAUUUAUUUCAAUUAUGCAUAGAAAAAAAGGAGGUUAUAAUGUAUUUUAACUAAUACUUACAUUUCGUACAUUUUUCCUUAUUUCAUCUCCUUUUUAUAAUUCAUCAGAAAGUAUUUUGUCAGAACUGUUCAAUAUAAUUUCAUCAGAAGCACUCCGUGACUGCAUGUUAUCGUCGUUGGGUAAAAAUUAUUUUCCGAUAAAAUACGGUUCCGACAAAAUUCUUCCUGACGAAUUUUUUUCCGACAAAAUAAAUUUCUGACAAAGUACGUUUCCAACAAAAUACAGUUCCUACAAAAUAUUUUUCUAAAAAAAUACAGUUCCGACAAAAUAUUUUCCAAUAUUUUACGUGCUCCCAUAUUUUCAUUUAUAUUUCCAUUAGAGAAAUGCUUACUGGAAAUAUUUUGAUCAGUUAUUUUUCAGAGAUAUUUUUAACUGGAACCAACGCAAUAACACCCAGCUAUUUUAGUUACAGUAUAAUAUAGAUUAUAGAAUAUAAUAUUUAGUGAUUAAAAUAGUUAUACCCUAACUCCAGUAGGAUGUGCCAUAAAAUAGAGCUAUACGUUCUGAUCGAAAACAUUUUUCAGAUUCUUAGUGUAGAAAGUAUUGGUUUUACUAUAAUGAGUGCUUUUUAAAAAUAAUUGCUUAAUAUUGAAUAAUUUUUUUUUUUUUUAAGAAUAUUAUUUUGUUAAUGCAUUGAAUAGGUGCUUCUUUGAAUUUUUUUCUACCAGAAAUCGUAUUCCGAUUAUCAAGCAUAGCACCUUUUCUGAAAGUAAAUGUUCCUUAGGUGGUAUUUUAAAGAGGUCAUUUUUUGAAAUUCUGGUUAAUAUUCAAGAUAAUGAGGAAAACCUUGAUCUUUAGGUUAAAAAAGAUUAAAAAAUAAGGUCAUUGGCAUUCGUUUUUAUUUAUUUUUUGUUAUUAUUAAGUUUUUAUGAUUUUAAUCUUUUUUAAACAAUCAUUAUUGUCAUAGAAACGCACAUUAUUGUUAUCAUUUUACCAUAAUAAGACAUAUACCCUAUACAUUAUGUUGUUGACAAAGCAGCACUAUCAACUGAAUUCCGCUCAGAAUCGUUUUUUCGUUAGCAAUAGUUUAUCGUUGAUUACAGAUAUACAUGCAAUUCCCGUCUGUAUCCUACCUUUCCACCUUUCCACCUACAACAGUGGCUGCACCCACGUGCGAAAUAUGUCCGUUCAUUUUUUAUUUUUUUUUUCAUUUUUAUCAACAAUAACUGGGAAAACCCGUGAAAAACAUAAAAACUUGCGAUUUCGCUUUUUUUUUCGCAAUUUGGUUAGAAAACAUCGUAAUGACAUGAAAUUUCCAUAGAAUAAAUAUGUUUGCACUUUCUAGAUAUAGAACGAUUUUCAUACGAAUCUGGUGAUUAUUAAGCUAGGUAGUAAUAGCUAUCAUUAAAUAAAUAUUUAAAUUCUUUUAGUAUUUAUCUAAAGAAAAUUUACUGGUUUAGCCAAAAUAAUUAUCCUAAAUUGUAUUUUUAGUGAUAAAAAAAUUCGAGUGUAAUGUGAUAAUUUUAUAAGCGUUUAAUAUUUAAAUUUUGGGGAAUAUCGUAAAAAUCAUGUAAUUUUAAAACACAUUUAACCAUUCAGAAUCAUUUUUUAUUAACUAUGAAUUAUCUUUGGAUACAAAUAUAAAUUGAAUGAAUUUAUAUGUAUCCUACCUUUAUCUUCUCAUCUACAACAUUAACACACCCAUCAGCAUUAAUUGACUAUUUUUAAAGUUAGAAGUCCCUAAGCCUAAUUAUAACCGUUAAAUUUUAGGCCGGAGGAGUAGGGAAGAGUUAACAAUUUAUCAAUUAAAAAAUACACGGAAUACUUCACACGAUGGGUGUGCCAUUGUUGUAAGUGAAAAGGUUGAGAAGGUAAGAUAUAGAGAGGAAUUUAAUGUACAUCUGUAAACAACGAUUGAUCUUUGCUAAUGAAAAACGAUUUUGAGCGGAGUUCGGUUAUACUUGUUUUUAAAGGCUGUAAUAUUUGCAAUUUUUUUUUAAAACUCUAAUAAAAAAAAAAUAUACUGCAUUCCACAUAAUUUUUUUUUAGGUAUCACAAAUUACGACUUAUACGAUAGUAUCUCCUACUAAAUGUUUAAGCAUUUCUGUUAGGUCUAACAAUUUUAUCUACAGAGUACCUACCGAAUAAAAAUUAAAUUAUUUUUUGAAAAUUUGACCACCUCUAGAAAAGACAAGUAUAAGUUUACUCUCCAAAUUUCAAUUCUCUACGAAUAUUUUAAACUGAAUCAAAACAAAAACGUUUUUUCUCAGUUGUCCCGUGUUUUUUCCCGGGUUUUCCCAUUUAUUAUGAAAAUAGCUGGGAAAAUCAAAAAAUGACCUUAUGUCCUUAUGUACUAACCAGUUGGAUUACCUUUCAGAUUAAAUUGGAGCAAAAUGUAUGGUAGAAACAUUGUUUUCAAAAAUAUUGGUUGUUCAAAGAAAAAAAAAAAUAAAUAUUAACAUUAUUGUGAAACCAAUACAUUCCUCGCUUUGCUCAGAAUCUAAAAUAGAUAUGCAAUUUAUUACCCUUCCCUACGCUUCUUGUCUAAAAUUUAAAAUGUUAUAACUCAUAAACGGUAAAUCUGAUUUUAUAGUGUUAUGCAUAUCAACAUUUUAUUUCCAAAAGAAUAUUCUUCAUUAAAUUCUGUGUUUCAAAAGGUUUCCUAUUUGAAAAAACAAAGUAUGUACUUAUUUAUGGUACACGGAGUAGGGUUACAUAAUUAAAAAUGGUUUUAAAAUAAAGUUUAAACGAUUCCACAAUGAUUAAAAAACAUAAACAUAAUAAUGUAUAAUAGCUGAAUUUUAGUAUUUAUAGAUACUUACGAUAAAUCGAAAUGUAGGUAUCACAUUCACAUUCGAAAAUAUAUAAACACGGUUUUCGGUUUUCAAUAAAGUUAACCACUUAUUGUAUUAUUCAUGAAUCUGAAUUAAAAUUUAAUUUAUCUAGUGUACAUUAUUUCACCUAAAACGCACAAUAUCGUGUCGCCAACACAACGUCAAUUGGCCGUAUGAAAUAUAACAUACGAUAGAUGAAUAUUAUAAUGUAUAUAUAGUAAAAUAUGAUAUGGACAGGUGCGCUCUCAUGCGUUUAUGUCUGAUAUUCUAGGCGUAUAAUAUUAAUUAUAAUGGUAUACCAUUGGCUCGCUAUUAUUUUAUUACGAUUUCUAUAAAAAUUUGAAUUUCCAUCAUCUGAAUAUAGACGUAUAAUAAAUCACUUUUAAAUUUGGUAAUUUUGAAAGUAGUAUGUACCGAGUAGAUAGUGGAAAUAGAGUAUCAUUAUUUGUUUUUAACUUUAUUUAAUUAUCUUCAAAAUGUUUAAUAUAGGUUAUCAAUCGACAACAGUGACAUUGGAAGUGGGAAGACAGUUGUUCUCAUCAAUAAAAUAUAAAUAAAACUCCAAGACCUAAAAAAAAAAAAAAAAACAAUUUUAAUUCAAUUUCCAUUAAUAUUAUUUAUUAAUCUUCUCGUGAAUAAAAUAUGUGAUAUUAAAAUUAAAAUUAAAUAAAGUUACCUAUUUUUCAUUCGUUUCUAACAUAUAAUUGAUAUUGUAAAUUCAAAGAAACAAUCGAAAUCAAUUAUAAUUUUGUAUUAUUAUCCCUACACAAAUUUCGUAACGCGCACAUCAUAAUUUAUGUUUUUUUAAUUACAGACUUGCCACUUGGUAAGUACAACCCUAGUAGUUAGUAUUGUUAAAUAUUGAUAUGCUUUGAACCUCCGAAAAUUUAUUGAAAUUGCGCUUCUAAAUUAUUUAUAUAUUGUGUAGAAACGUUAAUUGAAAAUACACUAUAUCCUUGUACAGAGUCGUGCAGUUUGAAUUUUUCUUUAAUUGGUUGUUAUACUUAGUGAUACCUACAAAUUUUCACGCACUCAACAUUUUUUACUGCUUGCGCAUGCUGGUACAACUAUUUUUUCUUAAAUGACAAUCUUCAAUAUUAGCCAAAUUUGUUUAUAUAUAUUUUUCACGAAUUUUAUUGAUCAAACCACUGUUCCAAGUCUAAAAUUAGCUGAGGUACAGUAAUUUAAAGUUUCAUCUCGUAAGAGAAAUGACGGAUCUCAGAAAGCCCAACACCCAUAAUUGUAUGUAAAAUCUUAUUAGAAAAAUAAGUGUAUUUUUUAUUUUCUCUAGAAGUCCCCCCCCCCCUAAAAACCUUAUAUAUCUAUCAAGGCAACAUAAUAUAACAACCAUAUUAAAAAACUUCGUUUAAUAGUGUUAUUAUGUAAUUAAUUGUAGUUAAAUUAGUUUAACUCUUUCAGACCUGAUGACCUGUAGGAAGGACAUUCCUUUAAAUGCUAUUUAUCACCAUUUAAAAUUGGUUUAUGUUAUUAAAAAUGCAUCCAUAAAUUAUGUAGUAUACACAAAUCAUAAAAUUAACAACGUAACUCUUAUCAUGUUUAAGUUUUACCAUAAAACAUUUUUGAAAAAUAUUGAUAUGACAUUUUUGAUUGUUUUUGACAGUACAUUUAUAAUUUAAAGUUGAAAAUAUGAUUUUAAAAAUCUGAUAUUUUUCCCUUCCAUGAUAACAGAGCAGUCUAAAAGUACGAAUCAUAAAUUCUUCCCAAAAAUUAAUACCAAUAAUAUUAUUUUUACUCGGUAAACGCCUGAUAUCUUCUACUGGGGACAUACUUAUGAAUUGGUAAAAACCUUAGUAAAAAAAAAAUUAUUUUAUCUUAUGAAACAACCUACUAUUAAAAAUUGAUAAACAAAAAUGAUCUAACUCAAAAAAAUUAAUUCUACGUCUGUGAGAGUUAAUAUUUAACAGUGCAAUAUAAAAUGUAUAGUUAUUUAUUAUGAUAGGUAGGCUUACCUAUUAUAAUUAUUACACGUUCAUAUUUGUAUAAAUAAAAAUAUAUUGCGUUCUAUUAUCCCAAUACAUAAUUAUUUUUAUAAUGUACGACUAUAUCAUUUAUUUUUACAACUCUAGAUAUUUAUUGUGUAUAGUACUAUGUAUAUAAACUUAUUUCCGGUUCCUGAAUUAUAUAUAUAUAUCAGUACAUAUAACUAAGUAUGUAUUACUAUAGUAUUCUAACAAAAUGUACGUUUUUAUAAUGUAUAUACAGAGUGUGCCAAGAAUUUAAAAUCGUCUUAAUCUACUCUAGUCAAUUUAUUAUUUUACCUACUCUAUUCUGUACUUACGUGGGUAUUUCUGUUUUAAAUUUCUAUUUAAAUAUCUAGUGUAUACCAUUUGGAUAAGGACAUUUUUUAUCAAAAAUUGUAAAGUUCAAUUCGAGAACAUUGUAAUAGCUGCCAUAAUAUCGAUAAUGACAACACCAAACACCCAUAUACACAUUUGAAUAUACAUAUCAACCUUAUAUUAAAUAUAUAAAAUGUAUAUAUAGUUUCACGUUUUAAUGGUAUGGUUCCAGGAAGUAUUUUUAUUAUUUUUUUUUUUUUUGAAGUGGCAGGGCUACGUACAUAAACAAAAUAUUGCAUAUUAUAUUUUAUUUUAUAGGUUGGACUCCUCUAUUUUUAGUUUUUAUAAAAACAUCUAAAAUGUUAUUUAAAUUUCGUUCAAAUAUAAAUUUGUCGAUGUGAUAUAUCCUCUGAAAUCCUUGAAAAAAAUUAUGUUUUCACUCUCCUAAGAGUAAACAUUUGUUUUAUUAUUUUAGGGAAAUCUCAGUCCGGGGUUGAUAGUUAUGUCAGUGAUUGAGAGAAAAAAACCGCACCUGGGUAGUACCUAUACAGCCAUUAUUCAUAAUAAUAAUUGGUAUUAAACAACUCUGUAUUACAUAAAUAAUCGUAUAUAUAUAGGCAUAAAUAUAGGUAGAUUCAUGGUAGAUUUGGUGAUCACAAAAGGAAUCGUUCGACCGUAAAUUGUUAACAAAAAUAGGGAGAAGUAAAAUAUUCAUGAAAACCAGGAAAUGAUGCAUUGAAUUAAAACAUUACAGCUAGGAUAUACAUAUUAUAUAUUAUAUCCAGGUAGAUUUUAAAAUACAUUUUCAUCCGUGCCUUUUUUUAUAUACCUAAUAUGUAUAGCAUGUACAGCAUGACUAAAUAUAAAGCUAUGAUGUAUAGUAACACUAUAAUAGUAGUUAGGAAUUUAUGUAGGCUUAAUAAUUUAAUGUGUAUUGUGACGUUCAAAAUAGAUUGUCUAAAAUAAAUCAUGAACACAAUACUAAUAGUCAGUUGCUACCUCCUGGAUUUUUUUCAGGAUUUUUGUCACAUGGCUCGGAAGUUUUAGUUAGAAGGAAUAAGCGUAUUAAUAUAUUGAUUGUAUGAUCAUAUAUGUCGCAAAAUAUUCGUCCGUACAAAAAAUGCUACGUUAGAACCUUCAUUUAAUUAUUAAAACCCUUUCGAACUAUAUCCCACAUGAUGGAGCCCAAAAUCGCGCAUUCCAUCGUCCCGAUGGAGCUUGCACGGAAAAUAACAUUUUUAUUCGAUUGCAGCCACUUAAUCGAGAAAUCAGUUCAUCAUGAGAUAUUUGACCGCGAUACCAGUUCAUAGUAUGCGUAUGCUAUAGAAGGUUAACAAAUACGAAAAUACAAAUAAUUUCUUCUUCAGUUCACUCAGAAUCUAAAAUUAAUAACCAGUAUAAAAUUACUAUAUAUCGUUUAUAAUAUUGCUAUGGUUGAGUGUUUUGCGAUAUUAACACAAGACACUAAAAAUUUGAGCCCUGUUCCAGAAAAAAAAUUGAAAAUAUGCCACUGAAUUGAAUUAUGAUGAUCUAAAUACAAUAAAUGCUUCACUCAGUAUCCGUCAGAGAGCGUUAGCCGUUAUAGUGUGUUCCUAAUAAAUUAAAUGAUAACAAAUAUGUUAUGAUAAAUAUUAAUAAUGAUACUUGACUAUCUUUGAAUUCUUGUACUUUAUACUUUAAAGUUAAAUUAAGUAAAUUAAAAAAAUUAUUUAUUAUUUAUGUACUUAUGCACUUACUAGUGUUUUAUCAAAAUGUCAUAUUUAUUUUAAAAUUAUAGAAACCGAUCUGUAUAAUAUUAGUCAUGUACCUACUACCUAGGUAUAUAAUAUUCUGGUAAUUCAUGAUUAAUAUUUUACUAUUCUUUUAAACAGUUCCUAAUUUUUAAAAAAUGAAUUAUUUAUUUUUUGAUAUCCUUUUAAAUAUAGGUUAAUUUGUAAUCUUAGGAUAAUAUUAAUUAAUUAUUGUAAAUGAAAAAAUUGUAAAUUAUCUUAUGUAAUUUACUUAGGUAAUUCUGAAAGUUUUCUGUGAAUAAUUUUAAUCUUUACUUUUUAAAACACUAUUUAAAUAUUGGGUGUAUAACUGAUUUUAGAAGUGUAUAAAAUGAUGAAAAUACAAUUAUGAUGGCAGAAGAAAAUUAUCAAGUUCCUGAAGUAAUGGUAGAAAUGUUGAAAGAUAAAAAUACAGUUACAGAACAAAAUAUUCAUGACGCUAAUGAAGGUCAAUUAAAAAAGCCACCUUCUGUUACACCUCGAAAUAGGAGUCCUGUUACUAUACAAGAAUGGGUAGACUCAUUACCCACAGCAGUUGAUCAAAAGUAGGUAAUUGGUAUUAAUUUUUAAUAGAUUUGUAUGAAAUGUAUUUAAUAAUUUAUAUUUUUAGAGAAUAUUUUGAAAAUGUAGAAUCUUCUACAAUAAUAAAUAGCCUAGAUGCUGAUAAUCUUACACUGGGAGCAGAAGGUAAGCUAAAUAUUUGAAUAUUGUGAAUAUUAUACUAGUCAAAACAUAAUUAAAUUUUGAAAUGGAAUUUCUCUUUUUAAAUUUGUUUUUUAGUAUUUUGUUCAUAAUAUUAGUUUUAAUUACACAUUUUUUGGAGCUGAAUGACUUAAUGAUUGAAAUUAAUAGUUUAAUUAGCUAUUUAGGCAACCAAAUAAACUACCUACAUUUUGUCUAUAACUAAUCAUACAUAAGAUAUAGUUAUUAAUUCUAUUAUCAGUAAAUUUAUUAAUGUGUUAUAGGAUGGCUAUUAAGGUUAAACUGGAUUCACACUAUGUGAUUUGAAUGUUUUUGAACACAAGUCAAAAUUAAAUUGUUGAGUUUAAAUGUAGACUUUCAAACUAUAUGGAAAAAUUUAUGUAGCUGCAUUAAAUGUAUUUGGUUUAAUUUGUAUGAUUGAAACGUGUCUGUUAAUAAUAUUAAACAACACAUUAUCAUAAUAUAUUUCACACUGUGCUAUUUGAACACACAUCUGUUUCUCGGGAUUUAUAACUUAUAUUUGUAUUAUUAUUUAAAUGCGUAGUGUGCAAUUCAGAUGCUAAUCCGAUCAAAUUGUAUAAUGUGAAACCAGCUUUAGACAUUUAUGGAGUUCCUAAGUAGUUUUUAUAUACUUGUGUAGGUAUCAAAAUAAAAAUAGUAAAUACAUAAACGAACUUCCAACAGCCCACCUUACUUAUACUUACAUUGAUUUUGUAGUUAAAAUUCAUAACUGCUCAGUGGGCAAUUAGGCUUAUUGCCCAAUCAACUACUUGUGCUUACACAAAAGUUGUUUAAGUUAUAUAUUUUUUAAAUUCAGAAGCAAUCAGAGAUUAUAAUAUACUACAAUAGUAUCUUAUUCUAAAUUUUAAAUUUGUUAACUAUAUAAAAAGUGAUCUUUUAUCAUACUUUAUUUGUUGUACCUACUAUACUAAAUAUACAUUUAAUAAUUUUCUUAAAGGUCUUUUCUCUAAAAAAUAUAAUUUUUUUUAUAGCUGGACUUUUAUCUAAAGGUAGACCUAUUCCAAAUGUCACUGUAACAACAGAAAGGUAAUUUAUAUUUCUAAUUAUAUUUGUUUAAUAUUUCUAAAUUUCCUAUGUAACAACAAAAAAUCAAUAAUCAAUAUAUUUGACUAUUUAUUUAUAUUUACAUAAUAAGAAAAUCUAUACUACUUAAAUAAUUGGUUGUUAUUUACUCAACUAUAUUUGCACCUUAAGUUUGCAUAAUCAUUUAAAGAAAAAUGAAAAGGUGACCCAGGGAAACAAAUUACAUUAUUGUUAUUUAUUCAUUUUUGUUUUAAAAAAAAUAAAAAAAUGUAUGAUCAAUUGAUGAGAAUUUUUAUUGAGCACUUAAAAAUAUAUAUUUAUAUAUUGUUGGCUACCCAGCAAAAACUCGUGAAUCAAUUUUAAUUUUUUUUACAAAACUGCAACAAGAAAACUAAUAUUAACUAAAAUCUAUUAGAUAAAGAAUGUUAUAAAAAGAGUUCUUAUACAAUUUUUAGAAAAGUUGUGCACAAAAGCAAAAAAAAAAAAGAAUGAGUUACAAGUUUUUACUGGGUAGCGGAUGAUAUGAUAUUGAACAAAACUUUAAAAAAUAUUAUUACUAUACCAUUAAUUUAAAUUAUUUUCCAAAAUUAAUUGCAUCAUAAUUUUUACAAACUUAAGGUUGAUUUUAAAGGGACAUGUAGGUCACACACUAAACAAAUGUCCUUCAUAAAUUGAAAAUGUAUGAUUAUUAAGAAAAAAUAUAUUCUACUGUUAAAUAAUGAUAACAAAUUAUAAUUAACAUUCAAUCAUAAAAAAAAAAUAUUGAUUAUAAAUUUAUAGCCCAUUAUUUGAAAAACAAUUAAUUAAUCGAGUAUUAGUCAUAAAUUCUUAAUCAGAAAAUAUUAUUAUUAUUCAAAACAAUUUAAUAUUAGAAAAAAAUGAAAUAAAAAACUGCCUAAUGUAAAACUAGCUAUCCAAAUUGUAAAAAUAAAAUGUGUUACAAUUUCUAUGUGAUUCUCCAUUUUCAUCCUGCCUCUAUCACUGUUAAUCAUUAUUGGCCAGUAAUUCAUUUUUAUUUUAAGUAUUUUCUUGCCCUAACAACCAAAUAAAGUAAUAAAAAUUGUUUUUUAUCCAUGCCCCUAAUGUUACAUAUAAAUAGUAACUUAAAGCAUAGGCAGACACUUUCUUUUAUUGUAAAAAAUAAUUGUUAUCAUAAAUUUCUAAUACUUAUAACUAUUAGAUUAUUAAAAUUUAUAUUAAAUUACCUUAUUUGAAUAAUAAAAAUAUAAUAUUUUUUAAUUUUAAGUAUUUAAUAUUUUAUCUAGAUACCUAAUAAAUUUAAUGUUAUAUUUGUUUAUAAGUGUUGGAAAUCAAUACAUUUUUCAUUUAAAUUUUACUAAAAUUUUUAAGAAAUACUUUAAUAAUUUAGAAAUUACCUUAGUAAACUGCUAAAAAUCAUGCUUAUUAUUUAUUAAUAGAUAUAAAUAUAUAAUACACCACGUUAAAAUAAUUGAUUUAGACAUGUAGAAAUGUGUCUAUUUUUCUAUUUAAUAUCAUGUAUUUUUAUUCAAGUAAUAUAGUUCAUGCACCAUCAGAAUCUGGUAGUCAGACCUCCAGUUUUGAUUCAAAAUUAUUAAACGCCCGGAAACCAGAUCCUGAAGAAAUAUUGUUAGGUUUAGGAUUUGGUGGUGGAAUUGAAUCAACUGCAUAUAGCGAAUAUGGGCGUGUGCCAAAAAGAUUUUUACAGCCGUCCCAAUUAAAAGGUGUAUCUGUUGAGGAAUAUAUACAACACCAACAAGAAUUAAUUCAUAUGUAUGAAUCCGGACUAUGGGGUUAUCGUGGAUUAACCGGUAGGUUUACUCUUUGUAUUUUCUUUUCUAAUUUCAUAUCUUUUUAAAAAGUUUCUAUAAUUUAUGCAUUUUUAAUCAAGUAUGAAAAAUUAUUUUUUCCUCAAUGAUUAAAUUUAAUAGAGGAAGACAUUUUUAUUUAGGUACAUUGUUGGAAUAUCAAUCUACAGGUGUCUCAGUUUACAACUGUUUUAUGUAAGUUCAUUCUUUUUGCAGCUCUUCUGCAAAAUUUGUCGAUUUGUUUGUUUUAUAAAAAAAAUUUUAACUUUUUUUUUUUUGCAUGAAAUAAUUAUUACUGUAGUUAUAUUUCAAUUAUAUAGUUGUUAUUAGUAUUUUUAUUGAGUAUACUAUGAUGCUUUUACAGGAAUAUUUAAAUUCAUUUAAUUUUUGGUUACAAUUAUAAUUUUAUAUGUUUACUAGUUUUAUAAAUAAUAAAUAGUAAAUUACUUAUAUUACUCUAAUAACAAUAAAAUAAAUGUAAACAUAUAUACGUAUAUUGUAAAUUACAUAAUACAUUUUUAAAAAGAGCUACUGCCGGUGGGUCUCUUUUUUUCUUUUUCUUUUUAAGUUUUCUCUUUUGGGAAUUUAAAAUAUGUUACAUUUAUGUAAUUUUCAUCAUUUUUUUUUUUUUUGUAUAGGUUUGUAUAACUAAAUACUGUAAAUACUAACAAUACCGGAAGGUCUAUACCUUGAAUUGACAACUUUUAUAACCCUAGAUCAGUAUAAUUAUAUUUAUUAAAUUAUUUAUUGUAAUCAUAUUUUUACCAUAAUGCAAUAUCAAUACCUGUAAUAGUUAAUUCAUUAAUUAUAAAUUAUUAUCCUAUGAAACAAAUGGUAAAAACUUGCUAAAAAUAUUGACAUGUUAAAAUAUUUCUGAACUCUGAAGGGGCCAUUAAUAGUGAAAACUAAAUGUUUCAUCCAGAUCGGAAUAAAAUUAUAGAUUUAUAUUGAAAGCAAACAUAAAUCGAACUUGAUUUAAUAUAUACAUAAUUUAUCAAUGCUGAAUAGUUUAUGCUAUCUUUUUUUGUACUAAACAUGGUCAAUGGAUCUUGGUAUGGGUCGUUCUUUAGCCGUCCCCACCAAAAUACAUUUUGGUGUUGAAAAAUAGUGAGCACGUUUAGUGAAUCACUCCGUAUACCUGAGUUUUAAAAUGACUACAAAUGUGUACAAAAUAUAAUAAUUGAUUUUAAUAAUAAUUUGUUAUUAUUAAUAAAUGGGAAAACCUCAGUAGUACAGAUAAGUUAGAACAAUUUUUAAAAAUACAUAAGCAAUAUAAUAAUAAGAAGAAUAUUGCUAAUAAUAAUUGUGUCUGGAUAUUAUUAAUAACUAGCUGUCCUACGCCAGGUGUUUCCCGUGCCAAUUUUUUAUUCUUUUUACCUUUAUUCCCGUAUUGCUGUGCCCGUAUCAGUAGCGGCACGAUACAGUGUUUCAUGGGGCCGUGGCCUCAUGACCAAUUGGGUGGUGGUACCCUUUGGCUCUUGGGCUUUGUCGCUUUGAUAUCUUGGGACUUGGGUAUUGAUAAUUAAAGAUGACAUUUUGAUACCCAUACUAUGGGUAGUCUCCACGGGUCGGUUUGAUACAAUUUAGGUGGUGGUAGUUGUAGUAAAAUAUUUAGUACUGCCUCAUAGUUGAAAAUUGUUCGCGCCGCCACUGCGUAUCAGUAUAUCGAACAAAAGAAAAUAGGUUGGGAAGAUCGGUGGACUAAAAAUGUUCUAUUUUUUUUAUAGUGUGUCAUACUUUUGUUCAUCUAUGUUACCAUAGAUAUUUACAUAGCACGUAAUUACACGUUAUUAAAUUAUAUUAUAUCCAUUAUAAUAACGCUCAAAUUAUGAGGACAUAAUAGUAUGCUCUAGUGUUAUCAAUGUACCAAAAAUUACAAAGAUUCUAAGAUGACGUGUUUUACAUAUUUUCACUUACCCACCCAGUGCAGCACAAUUUUGUGUGUUUUGCUAUUGUCAAAAAUAGUAAUAAUAAUAGUAUUUUUCUUGUCCAUGAUUACCGAAUUAUCAUCCAUAUUUCCAAGGUAACUCACGAAUAAACAAAAAAUAAAUAAAUAAUCAAUUAUUAAAAAUACCUAGAAACCUAAUUAUUGCAAUUUUUGUAGGGAUCCUUAUUUUUUUCUAGUAAUAAAUAUAGCCUAUGCUACUUAGGGAUAAUGUAGCAUUCUAAUGAUGAAAGAAUUUUUGAAAUUUUUGAAAUAGGUCCAGUAAUUUUUGAGCUAAUUCGUUAUAAACACAAAUCUUUCCUCUUUAUAAUAUUAUUACCUUUCAUCUUAUUUUAAAACCUAAACGAUUCUUAUAAACCUUCUUUAGGGUUAAAUAAACGAACGUUGCUAUUAAAAAUAAUCCAAAAUCUCACAUAAAUUCUGUAAUAUUCUUUGGUAACCAAAUCAGUGAAAUAAUGCUUUUGACAGAACAGUUUAGUUUCCAUGAUUUCUUGUUUACAUCCAUUUUUGUUUACAAUCUAUGCUUAGAAAAAAGUAAAAAUGUUUACUUUUUUAAUUUUCUGAGCUAUUCAUCUAAUUUUUCUUUUUAUAAAAACCUUACUUAGGGUUAAACAGAUUUUUUUUUUAAAAGAAAAAUAGUCAAAUCAGUUCAACUAUUCUUAAUUUUUUUACAUACCAACAUUUUGAGUGACUCAUUUUUAUUUAUAUAGAUUAUAAAUAGUUUUAUUAAUUGUUUUGUAUUCAGUUAUUUAAAUUUCAUUUGAUUUAUUUUCAUAAUUAAAUGAUAUUUAAACUAUUUGUCAGUUAAAUGUAUAAAUAAUGUUUAAAGGUAUUUCACUUGAAUUAAAAUUAAAUAAUAUAAUUAAAUAAACCCCAUUAUACAUUAUUUGUUUAUCUUUCUGAUUUGUUUUUCACUAUUAGUCAUGUGACAAUAACUAGAUGUUUAGCUUUACUGUAAUUUUUAUUCAGUUAGAUAUGCUUUUGCGGCACAUUGUUUUUUGUUUUGCUUGUUUCUAUUGAUUAUAAAAUAAAAAUGUAUUAAACAGCUAAAAACCUGAAAGUUGUAUUUUUUGCUAUUAUACACCAACAGUAAUUAAUAAUUAUGAUUCUUGUGUAGUCUUUUUAACAAUUCUGCUAUAAAAACUAGUCUGAGAUAUUUUUUUUACUACUUAUUUUGUUUUAAAAAACUAUGUAGUGUAUUAUAUAAUUAUUAUAAUAUGAACUGUACACAGUUUAUACUAUUAUUAUAUUUAUUUUUGUAUCAACAUUGUUAAAAUUCAAAAAUUUGAAUUUUUUUAUUUAAACAGGCUUUUGCAUUAUUUAUUUGUCUUAUAUCCAUUUUUUUAAAAUUUGUAUUUAUAAUUUAUACUUGUAUAGGGCCACCACAUGCAAGCCCAUCAGUUAUAGUUGCAAAAAUCAUGGAAAAACUUCGAGAACACGAGCGAGACAUGACGUGCCCAAAAGGUUCUUCAAGAACCAUAGUUUCAGGAAUUAAACAUAUGCAGUCAAUUCAUAAAAGUGCAAAACAGAAUUCAAAUCGGUUUAAUAAAGCUGCUGAAAACAUUCUCACAAAAAUUAGGUAUAAUAGUUAUUUUAGGAAUCAUCUUAUAUAAUAUUUUGGUAUUAUUUACCUUAUUUUAAAAAUGCGAGACUUAUGAUAAAUUUAAUAUGUUUGAUAGUUUCAAUAUUUAUUUUAACAAAUAACCAAACAAAAUAAUUUUUUUAAUAUAAAACAUUUUAAAAAGAUGUAUGACUUAUAAGUAUUUCUUGUUCAAAAUUGUACUGUAAUAAUUUUAUUGAGUAUGAUUUAAAAUAAUAAAAAUAAUAAUAUAUGCAAUUGAGUUAAAACCAUUACUUGCAAUAUUUGAUCUAAUUUUAUGCAAUUCCAAAUUUGGAUAAAAAGUUGUGAUAUUAAUUUUUAAACAGCCCUUCUGUCUAGUAUGUAUUCACUGAAAGCAGGGAGUAUGGUCACAUUAUAUAUGGUAGAAUGUGUAUUUUUUAUCAGUAAUAUUUCAUAAUAUUUUGAAUUUAAUAUAGCUAGAUUAUAAAAGUUUUAAUACAAUUUUGCUACGUAUAUUUUUUUUCAGUAUGAUGAAUAUUAUUUAAGAAUAAUAUGCUUACAAAAAAAGUUAUAUAAUACCUUGUAUAGUAUAAUGUACUAAUGUUAUCAUUAGGAUUAGGUAUAUUUUAUUUAUAAUGAAAUAAUGAAUUUAAAAAAAUAUAGAUAAGAUAAAUGUUUUAAACACUUUUUCAAAGUAAAAUUAAUGAGUAUGUAAUGUAUUGUAAUAUAUUUAGUACAUGGAUGCUUUUGUUUGAAUAUUUUCUUGUAUUUUAUAGAUGUACACCUGGUAGUGUAUUAACUCCAGAUAAUCGUAAAUGGCUUGAUAGUCAAGGUGGUGACAAGUCACCGGAAUUGUCAAGACGAUUAAUGAUUGGUCAGCAGUCAUUUGUAUUAACUCGUGAUGGUACUUUAAUAGAAACGCCGCCAUGCAGUGUUAUAAAUGAUAAGUUAGUUACUUUUGAAAUUUUUAAACCGUUUAACACACUUUAAUGUAUAUACAAAGAUUAAGCUAGUAUAAUAGUUAUUAUUUUGAUUUUUUUUAUAGUUCACCAAUAACAACAGAUGAAAAUAUUAUUAAUAGAAAAGUUUCAACUACUAAUAGUAACAGAUCUUCUCAAUUAGACGAAGAAGGUAAAGUGAUGUUUAAAGUCGGUUCAUCAUCAUCUAUAAAUACAGAUACACAAUUAAGAAAAGCAAGUUGCUCAUCAUUUGACAUACACAGAAGCGGUUAUAAAAUGGAAGAUUUAAAACCUGUAUUUGAUUUAAAUCAAUCUUAUGAUAAAGAUUAUAGUCCUGAAAGAGAUUUAGAAGAUUUAUUAUCUAUAGUUGAGCCUUGUCAAGAUGCUAGUAAAGCAAGUUCAGAUGUAGAUUCAGGUGCAGCAUCUGAUAGUGCUGAUACAUCAUUUGCUCAAAUAAAUUUAAUGUCAUUGACUGAAAGUGAAUUAACGGCAAAUGAAGAUAUUUAUUCUAAAGUAAGUUAAAAUUCUAAAAAAAAUUUAUGAAUAAUAGUAUAUCUAAUUAUACUUGAUUAAUUACAGAUAAUAUUCACUAGUAAUUAAUAUAAAGCUAAACAAAAGUUCCCUUUUUUACAAUUCACAUCUGAGAAAUUAAUUUGAAUUCAUGUAAUUAAUAGUUAUUUUUUCAUUAUUAAAAUCUGUUUUCAUAAACUGUUUGUCUUAAAUCAUGUAUUUAAUAGAGUAUUUAAAUUUAAAUAUUUUUGAAAGUUGUUUUAAAUCGCUUACAGUUAAGUUGACCCUAAAUGUGUUUUGUUUAAUUUUUUAUCAAUAAGUUAAAUUAUUGUGACUUGAAUGUGAAAAUAUAUGGGUCCAAUAUUUUAAUUUUUUUAUGGAAUAACAUGAGAUCUUCAAGAACAAUGUCAACUGAAUCAUUGGUUUAUAUGUUUAUGUCGUAUCCACUUGAAAUUAUGCAUUUCAUGAAAAGUAAUCUAGUUUCUGAAAUAGUGCAAUUUAAUUUUUAAAAAAAGAGCUGAUACUGCUGAUGGGUCCGCCACUAUUGUAGGUGGGAAAUAAUGUUGGAUACAUAAAGUUAUUUAGUUUAUAUUCUUAAGUGAUAAAUCAUUGUUUACAAUAUGUGAUUCUGAGCAAAGUUGAAUUAUAUAUGUUUUGAAAUGUGAUAGUAUUUACAAUUUUGAUCAAAAAAUGAUUCUAAAAUGAUUAUUAAAAAAAACAACUUUCAAUAUUUUUUUACCAAGUGUAACUUGUAAUGAUCAUUGUGUUAAAUUGUAAAGUAUUUUUGUUUGCUCAAAUAAUUUUAUCCACAUAAUAAAUACCAAAGAAAAACUACUAAAAAAUGAAAAUAUAAAAUAUUAUAAAUAACUCAAAAAUAUUUUGAAAUUUUUUCUACCCCUAUAAAAGACCAAUAUGUUUUCUUUCAAAAUUUUAAGUCUACAAAUAUUUUUAACUGAAUUACAACAAAAAAACAAAAUUGAAAUGUUCCAUUUCCAGCUUUCAGGCUUAAUUUUGUUAUAUAUACAGGUCUUAUAUUUGAUAUUAAUACCAAGAUGUUUAAGUCCUGUUCAUGUUCUGUACUUUUUGAAAGAAUAUACUAUCAAUUUCCAAGUUUGACUCAUCUUCAUCAUCUUAUUCAUAGUCAUAUAAUAAAACUAGAGCUACGCUCAGAAUCUAAAAGAAACUUAAUACUACUUGAUUUACUAUAUUUUAAUUUUAAAAUAAGAUUUUACAUAAGAAAGAAAUGCUCAUAAUCUUUAAUUGAAUUGCUAUUUUUAAUAAUUCAUUAUAAUACUACUAUGUACAGACUAUAUUAUAGAUUAUCAUUAUAGAAACUCUAAUUUUACCCAGAUUUUAAUUUUAAACUGAUAGAUGAACAGAAAUGAAAUAAUCAGUUAAAAGUUAAAAUUAGUGUUGUAAUAUUUGAAUACUUUUUUUUUUUCAGAAUUUAAGUAGACAAUAUGAAGAUUUGUGUAAUUUGAGACUGAGGUUAAAUGUAAGUUAUUAUUAAUUACUUGCUUAAUUAAAUAUUUAUUGACUAUAUUAUUUUACUAUAUUCAUGGAUUCCCCAUUUAUUUAUAAGUUUCUGAUCCCACCAUUAGAAAAAAUUAUAAAUAAUAGGUAUUCGUAAUGGGCACUAUCAAACUACCUAUUUGAUAGUUGAUUGCAUUCAAACUAUUCAAAUAGUUUACCUAUUUGAUAGAUAGUACAUCCAAACUGUAUAAACUAUUCGAGUGCUAAUCACAAGUAUCACAUGAGAGGCGUAUUUGAGAGGAUAGGAAAAUAUUGGUGAUUGUUGUUUUUGUGUUUAUUAUGUCUUGUGCUGUCGAUAAAAUCGACUAUAUUUGAACCAUUUUUUUGUGAUCGUCAGACGUCCAAACCGACGAUGAUAGAACCACAUUACAAUUAAAAAUAUGGCGUACAUUCUAUAAUAAUAUUUUACAAAUUUAAUUUAAAGUGAAAAUGGACUUAAAGAAGGAAGUACUAUUGUUACUUUUAUUACGCGGAAGAAUGAGGCGUCGUAGAAAAAUAAAUUUUUAGGUUCAUCCAUUAAUUGAAUAAAAUAAAAAUGUAAGCUAGUUUAAUUUGCUUUAUAAUUCAUUAAAAAUGCAUGAUGACAAGCUUUUUACAGAGGUACAUUCAUUAAUAAAUUUAAUUAUAUAAUCGACAACAGUUAUAACAAACCAAAUAAGAUAAUGUUAAUAAUAAUAUUAAUUUUUAUGCUGGCGGCGAGUGGUCAGAAAGUGGUUGGCGUGCCGCACCGUGUGUGCUACAUUCGACCACAGACGACCACCAUUUUGUGAGAGAUACCAUCGAUAAUAUAUCGGCUGCUGUUGAGCUAAUGUCGAAAAGUGGUCCGUCCGUGUACAAUUGGGUUUAUCAUAUUAUUUUUUAUGUUAAAUGUAUCGAUCAAGAGCGACUGCCAUUUCGUAGUCGUAGCGUGGUCGUAAUGUGGUCCGUGUUAGUUUAGCCUUAGUCAAAUACGACACUGAUUAACAUAAUAUUCCCAUCAAUUAUAAUUUAUUAAUAAUUAAUAGAGUUUCUAAAGUGAUAUAUCUAGAUUUUAAAAUUUAUCAAAACUUAAAAUGAUGUCUAAAUAUAAUUAAUAUCACUAUACAUUUACAAACAGUAAUAUUAAAAUCAUAUAAAUUUAAAACAAAAUAUUUAAUUAAAAAUAAUAAGCUCUGUAAAUUUCUAUCUUUCCUGAGGAGUACUUCUGAAGUUUAUUUAAAUCUCUUAAAACUCAACAAAUUAAGGCCUAAAAAAAUUAAUUUUAAAGGAUCUACUUAAAUAAAUCAUAAAUACUUGUUGCAUUUGCAUAUUAUUUAAUAAAUGCAGUAAAAUAUUUCAAAGUAAGAUAUUAAUUUGUUUUGAUGCAUAACAAACUUAAAUUUGAAAAUAUAUAUUACAUAUUUUUUGUUUUUUUAAACUAACACUUAUUUAUCAAUAUUAACUUUGUAUAAUAAUAAUAUAAUUUAUUUACGGAGUUAACUCCAAUUACAUUUUAAAUUUACAAGACAGUUAAUUAUAUAAAUGUUAAAAUAUAUAAGUCAAGCGAAGUGUACAUAUUAUAUCAUAUGUACAAAAAAAAAAAAAAUUUGAAAGACUACAAGAAUUACUUUGGGAAUUACAGUUAUCAUUAUCAUUUGAUUUUUAACAUUUUUUUUUCUAUAGGUUUUAGGUUGCCCAUUCAAUAUUGUACCUCAAGAUCAAUUUAUGUCACUUUCUGCAGAACAGGUAAUUUUAUUUUAUAUUUUGUGCUAAAUGACAAGUGUUGUUAAUUAUAAUAAAAAAAUAAACUGAUGUUUGAAGUAAAUUAAAUAUUUUUAAUUUAAUAGUUUAUUAGUGUUGCAAUUUAAUUUUAUUUAAUUUAAUUACUUAAGGGUACUACGGAAUUACUUUUUUUAACAUUUGGUAAAAAAUGUUGCUAAGUAAACAUCCCAUUAUAUUUUAUUAAAUGUUAUCAUGACCAAGUAAAAAUUAAUCUACAAUGAUUAGUUAAAUUUCUUUUGCUUUACAUAAUUAAUUAUAAUUAUUGAAAUUUGAUUUACUUUGAAUACCAAAAUGAAAAUAUAAAUUUAUUUAUAAAGUAAAUAUAUAUAUAUGUAUAUAAAAUGAUAAUAUCAACAAAAAAAUUUUAAAGAACACAUUUCUGAAAUAAAAUUUAGAAAAACUGCCCCCAAUUCAAAUUUUGCUAAACAUAUUUUAGAAAAUAAUCAUUAUAUAAGUUUUGAUAUUAAUACAGACUUAGAAAUAUUAAAUACCCAAUAUAAAAUUUACAUUAAUUCAGUUUUAGAAGAAUUAUAUAUACACAAUGAAAUAAAUAAAAAUAAUUUUUAUAAUAUUUUAAAUGUUCAAAUCGAUUUUAAAAAUAAUAUCUUAUAUUAAUACAUUUUAGAUAAUAAAUAAUCUCUCCUAAUAAAUUAAAUUAUUUCUAUGUAUGCAUUCAUUAAAUAUUUUUAUAUUAAGUCGUGUUUUAAAUUUGGACCGUGAUAUACCUGAUGAUGAAUUUUUAAUGCAUUCCUAUAAUACACUUAUCAUAAUCCUUGAGGCAACACAUUCAUUCAUUUAUUUAUUUUAUUUUCAUGAAUACAUUUUUAUUUAUAUAUUUAUUUACUUUAUCUAUUUAUAAGUAUUAACCAUUUUAAUAAUUUUGUUUUUACUUUAUUAUUUUAUUAUAAAUUUAUUCACAAAAUAAUUCAUUAUGUUUAGAGGUGUGCUCUUCAGUGUAAAAUUUUAAGGUUAGCCCUCCGUGUUUAUUUAAACAAACUUUCUGAUGAUGAAAUACACCAUGAGCUGCAAAGUUGUUUGGGUGCUGAAGUUCAACAUGUAGCUGACUUAUUAGAUUCCAAUUCAGAUGUCGAUAAACUAGCAAUAAUUGUUCGACAGGUAAUUGUUAUUCAUUUUAAUGAUAGUAGGAAAAAAAAUAAUACUAUUUUACUAUUUAAAAAAACUGUAUUGUAGAUGACAGUUUUACUUCACCAUCAAACACAUUUAAACAGCCAAUUAGCCGAAUUGACUGUCAGAGCUCAAAAUCCAACUGCAUGUCAUGACAUGUGUGAAUUAAUUCUACAAAGAGUUCGUGGGCUUGAGCAACUAGUUGAACAGAAUGCUAAUGAAUUGGCUCUAAUGAAAGCCCAAUUAUUGACUAAGAAAACAUUGUGAUUACAAUUUGCUAUUUUAGUUAUAUAAUAUUUAUAUUAUAGUACCCGUUGAACAAUAAAAUAGUUUAUACUUGACAUUAAAUAAUGUAUGUUAACUUGUUAUUAUAGAUGCU